AAUCAUCACAUGACCAUAGAGGAGGAGUAGGAGCUAGAGAAAUGUCUGAAAAGGAGUCCCUCUUGUCCCCAGAGCCUCCAAUAUACUCUGCUACUGAGCUGCCCGGCUAUAAGCUACCUAAAAGACAAGGUGUGGUUGUAAAAUCUGCAAAGACUGUAUGGCUGGGAACAAAGGCAGUCUUAGGAGUGCAGAGCUCCAAUGGGGAGGAUGGAGGGAAGGGUCAAUUCAGCUCUUCACUAGGAGUCCUUCUCUCCAUGUUGGGUUGUGUAGUUGGAACUGGCAACAUUUGGAGGUUCCCUCGUAUAAUGGCUACGCAUGCAGAUGAAGGAGGUGCACUGGUCUUCCUGUUGGUUUGGUUCCUGUUCUUACUCAUCUGGUCCAUUCCAAUAUGCCUCAUUGAGUAUGGGAUUGGUAGAUACACUAAGAAGUCAGUCAUAGAGUCUUUUGCUAAAAUGAUUGGUCCAUCUUACCGCUGGAUGGGAGUAUUCAUAUCACUGGAGACCCUAGCUGUUGGGAGUUUUUAUUCAGUGCUGUUAGGAUACUGUGCCUACUAUUCUGUGUUCUUUAUAGUAAAUAAACUACCCGAUCAGCUAGAAAUAGCUGAAGGACACUUUGAUGACCUCAUUAACAGUCCCUGGCCCAUCAUCUGUCAUUUGAUUUGUAUUGGACUGGCUUGCCUUGCAAUAUCAAGAGGAGUCUCUUCCAUUGAGCCAGUCAAUCGGAUCAUUGUACCCACACUACUACUCAUAGUCGUGUUCACCUUCUACUGGGCACUCUUCAUGCCUUAUGGUGGCAUGGGGAUCAUACACAUGUUCUCACCAAGUUGGAAGUCUUUUGGUGAUGCUGACCUGUGGAGAGAUGCGUUGACACAAAAUGCGUGGGAUACAGGUGCUGGAGGAGCUUUAUUCUUAACUUAUGCCACGUACAUGAAGAGGGAACAAGGUGUGGUCAAACUAGGAUCAACAACUCCAGCACUGAACAAUCUAGUCAGUUUGCUCUGUGGAAUGACCGUAUUCUGCAACGUGUUUUCGUUUGAAUAUUACAAAGGAAGUUCUAUCACUGAAAUUGUGGAUGUAUUGAAGACAAAUGGUCCAUUCAACACUGGAAUAACCUUCAUACAAAUGCCACUGCUGUAUGGUAGUAUCAGUGGUGGAAGGUGCCUGGCUAUACUGUUCUUCUUCUGUGUGACAUUGGCUGGCCUGAGCUCACUUAUAUCAAUAUUGGAGCUCUGUGUCCAUGUCCUUGAAGACUUUGGAAUUAGGAGGUGGCUUGGCACCAUUAUUGUCUUUAUCCUUUCAUCAAGCAUUGGACUAGCAUCAGCUCUGAGUAACACGAUAUUUGCUAAUCAGGAUGCUGUUUGGAGCCAGGGGCUUAUAGUCUGCGGCUCACUCCUCAUCUUUUUGGUGAUACGCUACGGAAUAUUCAAAUUCAGAAAAGAAUGUGUGAAUGAGUAUGGUAUCAAUGAUUGGCCCCUGCCUUAUCUAUGGGUCUUCAUUGUACUGAUUGUGUGUCCCAUUGAAGGUAUUGGCAUGUUGAUUUGGUGGUUGAUUGAUAGCAUCAUAAAUGCAUCCGACCCAUACGAGGAGCCAGGGGCCUGGUGGAUGUUCCAUACUACAUCUUUAUUCAUGGUCUUUACUCAGUGGACUAUCGCCAUAUGCAUCAGUUUACUACUCAACUGGUAUAUUAAGCCAAUCAAACGCAUUAAGAGGUUCAACAUUGAGUUUACCAAAUCUUUCAGAAGCUACUUUCGUGACAGGAUCCUUCCCUGGAUAAUAAUCCAUGAGCCGGAGCCAAUCCUUCCUCCUAUUGAUGGUGACCCACCCACCACUAGCUCUGAGGCCACCAUUGGUGAAGGAUCUGAGAACAACUACCCCAUGAAGAAGAAGAAUCAAAGUCCUUCUUUUAGGAAACUGGAGAUAGAUGAUAUUAAAGAUGAAACCCUUUAAACACCUAAUACUAUACAUAUACAUGUACCAAUGCUUAUAAUACAGGUAGAUUGUGUACAUGUAGAUCAAGGCAUUGUGCUAUGACCUUGUUUUGCUGAUUACAAUAUUUUUUGCUGUUUAAUAUUAUUAUUAUUAUCCUCUUCUGUUUUUUUCACUUUAAAGUAUAAAAAUACGUAUAAUGUUUAACAA